ACUUUGAUACAAUACUCCCUCAUGUUAUACAUGAACAUAUCAAAAGGUAUCAUACACAUCACCCCUGUUCCACUUAUUUGUUCGGUUAAAGAGACUUAGAUCUAAUCUCUAACUGUAAUUGGCCACUUCUCCCGCAUCUUAAGUCUUAAAUUGUUGGGACUUGAAGUAGAACCUUACUCUUUUGGCACCCUCGGUCGGUCACUACAGUACCUGCCUAACUUCACCAUACAUACAUAAAUAUCUCGAAAUCUGCAUUACAACGAAGAGAGGCAUAUUUUCACUUAAGCACACUCGGUGUGUUACGACACGAAGAUAAAUAUCUUGUCGUCCCCUUUAGAGAUUCCCUACAUUCGACAUGCAUGAUCCAUUUCCUAUCCCACCAUCGCCAUGGCUUAGCCAGACCGUUCAGCCGUUCGCCGACUAUUUUCACCUAACGACCUUACCCCUCCAUAUACACGAAGUUCUUGGGUCUUUCUUGGCAUAUACGUUCAUCAACAAGGUCGUCGCGCCCCAGGUUUCCAUGCUCAUUUUCCCUGAGAAGUACUCCAAAUUCUCCGCAGAACGAAAGCUUAAUUGGGAUGUACAUGUGGUCUCACUAUGCCAAAGUUCUCUUAUCAACAUCCUCGCCUUAUGGGUUAUGUUCGCGGAUGAAGAGCGCAAGAACAUGACGGCACAGGAGCGUGUCCAUGGUUAUACUGGAGCUGCUGGCAUGAUCCAAGGUCUAGCGACUGGCUACUUCCUCUGGGACUUGAUGAUUACCCUACAGAAUCUCAGAGUCUUUGGCAUAGGCAUGUUGGCACACGCGACCAGUGCUCUGUUGGUUUUCUCUUUUGGUUUUGUGAGUGUUUGUGCUUCCAAAAAUUAAACAUUGCUAAUAUUUACUCCCCAGAGACCAUUUGUCAAUUUCUAUGGAUGCACAUUUAUUCUUUACGAGCUUUCCUCGCCCUUUCUAAACUUCCAUUGGUUCUUCGACAAACUCGAUAUGACUGGAUCUAAGCCCCAACUUUACAAUGGAAUUGCUCUCCUCUUUACCUUCUUUUGCUGCCGACUUGUGUGGGGAACAUACCAGUCAGUUCGUGUUUAUCAAGAUGUAUGGAGGUCAAUGCACAACCAGCCUGCAAAUUAUGCUUCUAUCAAUAUUGAUGCUCUCGCAAAUGGCACCGCCUCUGCAGCUGAUGCCGCAGCAGGGCGUAGUGCGGCCCCUCUCCAGAAUGAUAUUAUGCGCUUCGCCGAUAACGAGUUCAUCCCGCUCUGGCUAGGGUUCACGUAUUUAGGAAGCAAUCUUGUGCUCAACACCUUGAACUUUUACUGGUUUGGAAAAAUGAUUGAAGCUGUUAGAAAGAGAUUCCAACCGGCCAAGGAAGGCAGACAAAAGGACAAAGCGAUUGCCAUGAAGAGCACUGGUGCCAAUGGCAAGGUCAAGAUUAGCGUUGAGGAGAACGAGGUCCGUAGACGAAAAGCAUUGGACGAUGAUGAACCAAUUGCGGCAGUUUCGUAGUUUGUCUGUCUAUAUUUCCGAGACUGUGGGUUCGAACGAACAACUGAUGGUCGACGUUCAUGGUGGCUUCACUCCUUGGGUGUAUCGAGACUUCUUGAUUUCGCCUUCUUUGCAGUUAGAAUUAUCCCUAUACAUAAAGACGCUUUUACCCUUAUGAUCCAAAUAUAUUGCAUUGAUUUA